AUGACAAGUGACUGCAAAAGAAAUUGCAAAAUAUUUGGACAGUCCUUUCCCACCUGUACAUUGAAUGAUGAACUUGUUAACCAUAUUAUAACUACAGAUUGUUUAGGUCAAAACCUGCAUGUUGAAUAUGAAGUGGUCCAACAUGCACUUGUGCAACUCAUUGGAUCAACUGCUCUGUUACCCUUUUCAGAAAUAAGAGGAGCAUAG